GACUUCGUAAACAACGAACAGCAUCCACCAUCACAAAAACAUGCGGUACUGCGGUGUCAUCCAGUUAAAGUCAUUGUACGAUCUUUUCGUCUAACUCUAUAGAAUAGACAAAAUGCGUUUAGCCGUCACAUAAGGCACUGCUAAGUAAAUGACGCUAGAGUUAGGAAACGGACGACAAGUCGAGAGAAUUUGGUUGUCGAAUCGGAGCGGAAUCGCACUAUGAUAUAGGAAAAACGUUGCGCCCUUUGACUUGACAAAGUCAAAAGUGCCGUUUGUUGUGGUUCGCUGGUGGCCCGUCGCCUGUUCGACGACUGCGCUGGCAGAAAAUUCUGCAGAAUGAAGGGCCCUAGCGGCCGGAAGACUUUUAGGGUAUCAACGUCGGACCUGGAUCGCUGGAUUGAACAGCUCUAUGAGCGAAAACAGCUCAACGAAAAGGAGGUCCGAGUGCUAACGAAAAAAGCCAAACAAAUCUUACAAAAGGAAAGUAAUGUCCAUCAGGUGACGUGCCCGAUCACGGUGUGUGGCGAUAUUCACGGCCAGUUUUACGAUCUUCUCGAGCUAUUUCGCAUCGGCGGCAAGCCGCCUGAUAACAAUUACCUCUUUAUGGGUGACUACGUAGACAGAGGAUUGUAUUCGGUAGAAGUUGUGACUUUACUGACGGCUCUGAAGGUGCGACAUAAGGAUAAGGUUCAUCUACUUAGGGGUAACCAUGAAAGCCGCCAGGUGACACAGAUCUAUGGUUUUUACGAUGAAUGUCUACGAAAGUAUGGUAACGCCAAUGUAUGGAAGUCGUUUACAGAGCUGUUCGAUUUUCUGCCUGUUACCGGCCUAAUUGAGAAUAAGAUCUUCUGCAUGCAUGGUGGAUUAUCGCCGUUACUGAAAACGUUGGACGAGGUUCGGUCGUUAACACGAACAGUUGAGGUGCCCACGGAUGGGCCUCUCUGUGACUUGCUCUGGUCUGACCCAGAGGACACGAUGGGGUUCACGGCGUCUCCUCGAGGCGCGGGAUAUAUUUUUGGCCAAGACGAAAGUAUGAAGUUUUGUCGAACAAAUGGUUUAGUGCUGAUCUCGCGUGCGCAUCAACUCGUUCAAGAAGGAUAUCGGUACACACACAAUAAUAAGGUUGUGACCGUGUUCUCGGCGCCUAACUAUACGUACCGCUCGGGAAACCUCGCUGCUGUUAUGGACGUGGACGACUCAAUGCGACAGUCGUAUAUUCAAUUUGACGCAGCUCCACGCGAAACCGAACAAGUGCCAACAAGCCUCACCCGCUCCGAUUACUUUAGUUAGAAAAUGAACAGACGAGCCUUUCGACAGGAAUUGGUUCGUACGAAAAGGAAAAUUUUCUCCAU